ACGGAAACAAACGCCAUGGGAAAAAAGAUAUCCAUGAGCAGUUUCUUUUUCAUCAGUCCGCUUCAACUUCUCUGUCAGCGAUCUGCCACUUUGUUCCUGCAUUCAGACAGGGAAUAUCUUUGACGCUUUUGGUAUUACCUGCCUCACUUAUGUGCUUGAAUUCGAAGGAAAGGAAAGCUUGAAUCUUUGAUCCCAUUGCUGUUUACCAACUAUGUUGACUAAUGGUUUUCAUGGCGGAGAAGAAGAAUUCCCUGAGCAUAACAAGGUUAAGACCGGGCCUAGGAAACCUCCAUCUUUGACCUGGCAGCGCAAACUUGACACAGCAGACACUGUCCUGUCAGAAUUCAACCUCAGUGUGAAAGAGAUGGUUGCUAUGGCUCCACUGGGCUAUCGAUUGUGGAGACGCCUACGGGAUAGAAAAGGGAAAGAAGGUUUGUUUGUUGAUCCUUUUACAAGACGUCCUUACUCUUCAUGCCAAGGUGUUCCUCUAGGUGGUAUGGGUGCAGGAAGCAUUGGAAGAAGCUACAAAGGUGAGUUUCUACGCUGGCAAUUAUUUCCAAGAAGAUGCGAAGACAAACCAGUUCUUGCAAACCAGUUUUCUGUAUUUGUUUCACGUCCAAAUGAUGUAAAAUAUUCCACAGUGUUAUCUCCAAGAAGCCCAGAAGUGCUAGAUGAUAAUUCGGCUUCUGGAAUAGGAUCUUGGGACUGGAGCCUUGGAGGACAGAACUGUACAUAUCAUGCCUUGUUUCCAAGGGCUUGGACAAUAUAUGAUGGUGAACCCGACCCAUUAGUUAAGAUAGUUUGCCGUCAGAUUUCUCCCUUUAUUCCUCAUAACUACAAGGACAGCAGCCUGCCUACAGCAGUCUUUACGUUCACGGUUUCUAAUUUGGGGCAGACACCUGCUGAUGUUACCUUGCUUUUCACUUGGGCAAACUCAGUUGGUGGAGGUUCCGGAUAUUCUGGUCAACAUUUCAACUCAAAGUUUAGAAUGGAAGAUGGUACUCGGGGUAUCCUCUUGCACCAUUUGACUGCAAGUGGACAACCCUCAGUAACUUUCUCAAUUGCAGCAGAAGAAACUGAUGUGGUUCAUGUCUCCGAGUGCCCUUCCUUUGUGAUAUCUGGGGAGUCACACGGCAUUACAGCAAAAGAUAUGUGGAACGAGAUAAAAGAGUAUGGAUCCUUUGUCCGCCUCAAGUCUGAAGAAGUGUCAGCGCCUUCUGAACCGGGAUCAGUUAUUGGAGCUGCCAUUGCUGCUUCUUUGACUAUUCCAGCUGAGAAGGAGCAUACUGUCACGUUUGCAUUGGCAUGGGCUUGUCCAGAAAUAAAUUUUCAGAGUGGUAGAACAUACCACAGGCGCUAUACUAAAUUCUACGGAUCUCUUGGCCGUGCAGCUGCAGAUAUUACCCGUGAUGCUCUUCAUGAGCAUACUCACUGGGAAUCACAAAUAGAAGCAUGGCAGAAUCCAAUUCUUGAGGACAAGAGGUUUCCUGAAUGGUACCCAGUUACCCUGUUCAAUGAACUCUAUUACCUUAACUCAGGAGGAACAAUGUGGACAGAUGGUUCACCACCUGUGCGUGGUGUGUCAACUAUUGGUGAUAGAAAGCUCUCCAUUGAUAGAUCUAAUUCAUCAGAUCCUAAGUAUACUGGUGAUCAAUCCCAACCAACAACCGACACUGCCAUUCUUAUUCUUGAAAGGAUGGCCUCUGUAUUCCAACAAAUUCAAACUCCCACAACAGUCAAGGCUGCCCUAGGGACAAACCUUCUUCAGAAGGGAGAGGAAAACAUUGGUCAGUUCUUGUAUCUUGAAGGAAGCGAGUAUCACAUGUGUAACACAUAUGAUGUUCAUUUCUACGCCUCGUUUGCACUGGCCAUGCUAUUCCCGAAAAUUGAACUUAGCAUACAAAGAGACUAUGCAGCCGCAGUCAUGAUGCAUGACCCUGACAAGAUGGCACUUCUUCAUGAUGGCAAAUUAGGAACUAGAAAAUCAUUAGGUGCUGUUCCUCAUGACAUUGGAAUGAAUGAUCCGUGGUUUGAAGUAAACUUUUACAAUCUCCAUAACACGAAUAGGUGGAAAGAUUUGAAUCCAAAGUUCGUUCUUCAAGUCUACAGGGAUUUUAUUGCCUCGGGUGACAAAAAGUUUGCAGAAGCGGUUUGGCCCGCUGUGUAUAUGGCGAUUGCUUACAUGGAUCAGUUUGACAAAGAUGGGGAUGGAAUGAUUGAAAACGAAGGCUUGCCUGAUCAGACAUAUGAUGUGUGGUCUGUCUCUGGUGUGAGUGCAUACUGUGGUGGGCUAUGGGUGGCAGCAUUGCAGGCUGCAUCUGCAUUGGCAGGGGAAGUGGGAGAUAAGGGUUCUGAACAAUAUUUUUUGUUUAAGUUCCAGAAGGCACAGAAAGUAUAUAAGAAGCUGUGGAACGGUUCUUACUUUGACUAUGAUGACUGUGGUGGUCGAGUCAGCUCAUCCAUUCAAGCUGAUCAGUUGGCUGGACAAUGGUAUGCUAGGGCAUGUGGACUUGCACCGAUUGUAGAUGAAGAACAAGCAAGAACUUCCCUUGAGACUGUAUUUAAAUUCAAUGUUUCAAAGGUGAAGGAGGGAAGCAGAGGGGCGGUGAAUGGUAUGCAACCCAAUGGUGAAGUUGACUUGUCAUGCAUGCAGGCAAGAGAAGUCUGGCCUGGAGUUACCUAUGCUGUUGCUGCAGGCAUGAUUCAUGAAAACAUGUUUGAUUUAGCAUUCAGAACUGCUGCUGGUGUCUAUGAAACCGUUUGGUCUGAAAAAGGUUUCGGCUACGCUUUUCAAACACCAGAAGCUUGGACCAUAGAGGGGCGGUAUAGAUCUCUAGCCUACAUGCGCCCCUUGUCAAUCUGGGCAAUGCAAUGGGCAUUAACACAGCCAAAGCCUUCCAAGCAAGAAGUGAUGCCCGAAAUCACAGCAGAUUCUGUACAUAGGCAACACACUGGUUUUCAGAAAGUCGCUCGUCUUCUAAAGCUGCCUGACGAGAGAGAUACUAGAAGUGUGUUUCAGGUCCUUUUCGAUUACACUUGUAAAAGAAUGGUGACUUGAAAACAAUAAGGACAUGUUGAACUAUUAUUUUUUAAAUUAUUGCUGUGCAUAUGGCCAUUUUUUUGCCAUUUAAACAACAGAUGUGUUAAAUAUUCUUUUUUUCUUUUUAUUUGUUUAUAACAGAUAGCCAUGUAAUACUUUGCAUGGUAAUAUAAUUUUUCAUUUCCCCUUUUUACUCCAAUUUAUUGUACCAUUUAUGUUCCACCUUUAGUAAUUAAGUUAUUCUCGAAGU